UGGUGACCGUGCAGUGUGUCCGUGCGGGAGAAGAAUGUGCAACUCGAAAUGUAGCAUUUCUGAAAGAACGCGCCGAGAGCCGCGCUUCAUCCGCUGCAUGUACGUGGUGGGAUUCAUGGAUCUCUUUGGAGUCAGCAUGAUCAUUCCCUUGCUGAGUCAUCAUGUCAAAUCACUGGGUGCCAGUCCGACCAUGGCAGGGAUUGUAGGGUCAACCUAUGGAGUUUUACAGCUUUUUUCCAGCACGAUAGUUGGUAGCUGGAGUGAUGGAGUGGGCCGACGGUACUCCCUCCUCACCUGCCUGCUGCUGAGUGCUUUUGGGUACGCCCUCCUGGGACUCUCCACCAGCAUCACGCUGUUUGUGCUGGCCAGGAUACCUGUGGGGCUCUUUAAGCACUCCCUGUCCAUCUGCCGGGCCCUGCUGUCGGACCUGGUCUCCGAGACGGAGCGCCCGGUAGCGAUGGGCCACUUCAAUGCGGCAUCCAGCGUGGGCUUCAUCUUGGGCCCAGUGGUAGGAGGGUACCUGGCUGAGCACGAGGGCGGAUUCUACACCUCAUCCUUUGCCUGUGCUGCCAUCUUCCUCCUCAAUGCAGGUUUGGUUUGGAUGUUACCGUGGAAUAACCAUCUGAACCGCACCGACGCCAAUGCAAACAGCAGCAGGCAACAUGCUAGCAGGAAGCGGGAGGCAGCAAACAGCCUGGGCGUGUGGCGGCAGCUGUCGUCAGUGCUGCUUCGCAUCCGUGCCGUGGCGACCUCGGACAUGUGGGACGUUUUCCUGGUGCGGCUCCUCAUGGCCGUGGCCAUCAUGCUGUACUACAGCAACUUCUCGCUGGCGCUGGAGGAGCGCUUUGCUUUGCGGCCACAGGUUGCUGGCUACCUCAUCAGCUACAGCAGCACCCUCGGUGCCUUGACCGGCUGCCUGGUGGGGCCAGUCACCCGCCUCUACGGCAACGACAUGGCCACCUUGCUGCUGCAUUCCACUGCGCUCACUUGCAUACUCAUCUUUUUGUAUGCUGCCGCACCCAGUGUUUGGCAGGUGGUGCUCACCUCCACCUUCUUCGCCAUCUCCACCACCAUUGGCCGCACCUGCAUUACAGACCUGGAGCUGCGAAGGGGAGAACCAGGGGCUAGUGGGACUCUGCUGGGCGCCGGUCAGUCUGUCACAGCCGUGGGCCGUGUGGCAGCACCGCUGCUCUCUGGGCUGGCCCAGGAAGUGAGCCCGUGUGGCCCCCCCAGCCUGGGGGUGGUCCUGGCCCUGGCUGCUAUCCUGCUGCUCCUUUUGCGGACCCCAAAGUGGGAGAGCAGGAGCAAAGCCAAGAGCCCCAAACUGUGAGACUUCAAAUUCCUGCCCCGCGGAGCCACUGGGUCCGGGGUACCGUUGGCGCGGUCGGGCCCUGUUGGGAAGCAGCUCUGUUGGUUGAGUCCUCGGCAGGCCUGCCGAGACGGCCUCUUUUUCAGGGAUUUCGUGCUGAUGGAAACUAUCAGCGUCGGCGCUUUCAUUACCGCACAGGUCAAGGGUGACAAACUGAACUUUGUAGCACAGUGUUGUCACUGUAACCCUGAAUUCAAGGCCAAAUGGUGAUAGAUACAGCAAAGAAGAAAGAGAUGUUAAUGGGAAAAGGGUGAAGUGGUUAGUUAAUGUGGUUAUUAAUAUUCCACUGGACGUAUUGUAGGAUUACAGAAAAAUAUGUUUAAUGUCAGAAAUGGGGACUAAUGGUGAGCACUAAAUGGCCAUCGAAACUGAGUGGUGUAACCCUUUGUCAAUUACUGACGGGCCUAGAACAUUAGCAGUAGUACUCUGGUGCAUCAUACGCUGGACAAGUAGCGGGGGACACUGGGCUUUGAUUUGUUUUGUGUAAGAUCAAAUUCCACAUAGUUUUGUCUUUAUAUUACCUUAUAUACCGUUUUAAGUUAUAGUGUUCUCUGUAACUUAAAUAGCAGCACUAUUUUCAUGGCACUGACCUCAUUUUAAGAUAUUAUCGAUAGGAAAGAAAUGUAAUUUUAUCAGCAAUAAAACACUAAUGUAGCUUAGUCAU